GUCAUGGCGGAGGAAGCGCCCGAGGACGGCGCGGCGCGGACCCUGCCCAGCCUCAGGCGGCUCUCCCGGGCUCUGCCCUUCGGACGGAGCCAUGGCCGCCUCAUUGUGCCAGCGCUGUGCUCUCAGGAAAAGGCUGACCCGCAGAAAACAGCGUUCCUGCUGCGGAAAGCCUGGACGCUGUACAGCGUGACCCCUCUGUACGGCUUCCGCCGCGCCCGCCUCAGGGACUACGCGCAGCUGCUGAGCGCCUUCAUCGCCGCCGAGAAGCAGAAGGGGCUGGCGGUGGAGGUGGGCGUCGAGCUGGACAUCAAGGUGGCCCUGUCCAGCCUUGCCGACAUCAGGGGCAGCGAGCUGGACCAGGCUGCCCUCCUCGUGCAGCUCUCCUCGAGGUCACGAAGCUCCUCCAGGAACUCUGAGGACAAACCCGUGUGGUUGGGCUGGUUCUGCUCCGUGUUUGGAGACGAGCUUUCCGAGAACGUGCCCGAGCACUUCACCUGCCUGCCGCUGUUCCUGAGCCACGGCGCCGAGAGCUACACGGCCCUGGUGGGCAGCUGGUUCCAGAAGACUUUCGACUGCUGCUUCAGCCGCCUGGCCAUCAGCCCCCUGAACCUCAGCUGGAUGGUGGCCAUGUGGGCUGGCUGCAAGCUGGACAGAGCUGCCUCUGCCGUGGAACUCGUCUUCUCCGUGCCCCGCCUGGCGCAGCCGCUGGAUAUUUCCUACGCCAUCCACCCGGAGGAUGCCAAAGCUCUGUGGGACACGGUGCAAAAAACGCCGGGAGAGAUCACCCACGAGGAGGUGGAUGUCUUCAUGGACUGCCUCUAUGCUCACUUCCACAGGCACUUCAAGAUCCACUUGUCAGCUGCGAAGCUGGUGAAGAUUUCCACAGCUGUUGCCGCGGCACACUGCGAUGGGAUUGUAAAGAUUCUACACAGCCAGUACCUGCCUGGAGUGCUGAUGCUACUGACUGAACUUGCAAUCUCUCAGAUACAGUGAGAGCCAUUUCAGUAGCUCUUCAUACUCAAAAGGCUUUCUGUUUGGACAGUCUGUGCUGAGAAACCCCCAGGAAACUCACUCCUGCAGCAUCUUCUUUCCUCUCAUUCUGGCUGACUUUGGACAGACUGCGACUCCAGCACUUGGCUGUGUAAUUCCAUGCACAGCAAAGUCAAGCAGACAUUUGGCCCUGAAGAAGGGCUGCAAUGCAAACUUGUGGCAGCUUCCUGAGCAGCUUUGUUUUCUCAGAGUCACUCAUUUCAUUUAUGAGCAGGUAUCAGCUCAGAGACAAACAGUGCAAGUUCUUGGUGCAACUCCCUGGCAGGUAUUUCUGUUGUUUCUAAGUUGGUUUUCACUGGACAGCCUAAGCUAUGCAGACCUUGCCUAAACUGUGACUACUCUUGGGCUACCCUAAAUGCAAAGUUCAGCACACCUGAGAAAGGGUGCAUGCUGUACAAUCCAGGGCAGAAAAAUCCACGUUUCUAACUCCUUUUUUAGCUUGUUAAGGGUACUUGGUAAUGGUGAUAAUGUUCAUUUAUGUUCCAGUUGGGCAUGAAAUUGGACAUGAGGCACUUGUCAGCCUGCUGGUCCUCCCAGGCACAUUGAUAGAUAGGAAAGUGAGGAUAGGAAAGUGUGGAUAAGCUUGAUAGUUACUGGGCUUUGUCCUGAUGUUUGUAAUCUUGGAUGUAAUCCUGUAGGCCAGAGAGCUCUCAGGGUUGGAGCUGUGUGCUAGAAUUUGAUGUUGGAUUCCCUCCCUUCUGAAGCAGGUAAGAGGUCAGAGGGACAUUUAAGGAACAGAAAGUAGCACCUGCUGAGAGAUUUUUGUAAUACAGUACUAAAUAAAGAAAAUCUUUUCCAUCUUUUUUCUCAAGGAAAGACCACCACUGUCUAAUUAAAUAUAUCCUUGCAUGGAGCUUAUUUCCAAUUACAGCUUACCUGACCAAACCACCCCUUGUUACUUAUUAAAUGCUUCUCUGAGCAACAAAAUUCCAAGUCUAAUUUCUUGCUUCACACUUGUGCAGCACCUCUGGGAGCUGAUUUGUACCAUGACCUUCUCCUAAAUAGGGGUGCAAGUUUCCUUUCUCUUCCCAGUGUAAAACUGCUUAACACAUAACUGCAUGCCUAGUUCCCAACCUGUUUCCAGAAUUAAACAAAGAAACAUGCACAUGGUUUCAGAUUCUUUACUAGUUGAAGAUGGAUUUUUUUUGCAUGUUAAGGCUGAAGUCUGUAAUUCUUACCCUGGUAAAAGCAGCUAAGUGAUCUUCUGAAGGUCCUGACAGCUCAGCAGCUACUUAAACUAUCACUUCUGGUGCUUUAGUUUCCUUAUUAGAAAUAUCUCAGACAAAGUUUGCUCUCUGGAGUCAGAAGAGCACUGGACAAAGGAGUAGAAGGUCUGGAAAUAACUGGCACCUGUAUUUGGUUUGAAAAUAGGACUGUUACACCCAGGGCUAAGUUUUAAAUCUAAUGCUCAGCUCUUUCCAACAAAUUUGCAUAAAUAAUCUCUAAAAACCUAAAUUCUUACAGCCUCUUUUAACCCCUUCCUUGAGCUGUCCUCAUUGUUAAAUGAGCAGAGAUGAGAUUUAGCAGACAGCACAGAUACUUCCUUCCACAAAAAGCUGGCUCAGAGUGAUGUGAAGGGUAACAAGAAACAGCAGAGUUUCAAGCCUGUCUUACUGGAAUUUAUCUAGGGGAAAAAACCUCCUCCAGCAUCUUUGUGCAUAUAAACCACAGAAAAACACCUCCCACUGCUUUCAUUCACCCCAAGGAACAAACCAAGAACAGCGUAGAAGAAAUUUAUUAAGAUAGCACUAUUUAUACAAGUUACUCAUGCUAGAAAAAAGCAUAAAUGAUACAUGUAAACAUUUGUUUACAGAAUACUUGUUUUCCUUGUAAAGGUGCAAAUGAUCUUCAUAUGUAAACACAAGAAUACCGACCUUUAGGGGGGAAGGGGUUUUUAUAAAAGUUUUAAUGUCCCAUUUAUGACUGUAGUGUAUUUUUUACUAUAUUCAAGCACAUUAAAGUCUGAGUUACAUGAAUCAAA